AUGAAUAAAUAUUUUCUGCUUAGUAUCCUGGCCUGCCUUAUAUUCCUGGCCUCUUCUGCACCUGCGCCAGCGGACGGAGAACUAGUUCGACAGCGUCGUUCUCCUUGUGGUGCCAGCUGUGGUAUUUAUAAGGCCGUAAGUUUUGGUAGCAGAGGUAGAAAGAAACCUUGGGGUUUCCGGAGAGUUGGCAGCAAGUUCCAUUACAACCGCUUCAGACAUGCCAAAAGGUAGGGGGCAUUAUUGCCAUAAGUUAACUAUCCUCUAGAACCCAGGGGCAGUGAGUUGGGUAGGGAAAAAAGGAGCCACGAAAGUUUUCAAGAAUGUUCUUGGGCCAAAUUUUUUUCUGUGACGUCAUUCAAAAUGGCCUCCAUCCGGCUUAAAUUUUACUGAAUAAUAAAGAUUCAUUAUCUACGUAAACAAUUUAGGAGUUAUAACUAUAAGCUUUUUUAUUCAUAACAAAUUAGCGAACAACACCCAUCAAUGUUCGACAUCACAUUUCGUUUCUAUAGGAACCCACUGUCACGAAAGUUUGCAGUAAAUGGUUAGCCACUGAAAAGAAGAGGUUCUGUUACGCUAAGUUUUCCAAUUUUUAAAGAGCUUCAAUAAUAGCAGUUUAAGCUUUCAAUGAAAAAGAAAAGUAUAUUGUACGUAGAUGCUUUAAAGAUGUGGAAAAGGGGGAAAACACAGUCACUCAGGAGCUCAUUAGGGUAAUAAGCUCCUGAGACACUGUAUGAAAUGUAGUUUGAAGGUCAUAAUCAAUGCAUGGGCAAAAGACUAGAUGCGGCUAUAUUAGUCAACGUCGACAUAACUAAAUGCAGUCUUUUUUGCUUUUCAGACAAGAGGAUCAAAGUUUAUAUGAUAACUACAUGCAUAAGGACUUGGAUCUUCUCAAGGAGGAGCGAUGA